AUGGAUGUCAACCUGAACUCUUCACGGAUUAUUAAAGGGAUCGUGAAAACUAGGAAAAUGAUCCAUAUGAAAAAAGGGUUGAUGGCUGAUCAAGGAUUGGAAGGGAGCCAGCCGGUAGAUCUACAGAAACAUCCUUCUGGGAUUGUGCCAACCCUUCAAAAUAUUGUUUCAACAGUCAAUUUGGACUGUAAGUUGGACCUCAAAGCAAUUGCACUCCAAGCUCGUAAUGCAGAGUACAAUCCCAAGCGUUUUGCUGCCGUCAUUAUGAGAAUCAGAGAACCAAAAACAACUGCACUUAUCUUUGCUUCUGGCAAGAUGGUUUGUACUGGAGCCAAGAGUGAGCAACAGUCUAAAUUGGCAGCAAGGAAGUAUGCCCGUAUCAUCCAAAAACUUGGUUUCCCGGCCAAAUUUAAGGAUUUCAAGAUUCAGAACAUUGUUGGCUCCUGUGAUGUUAAGUUCCCGAUACGGUUGGAGGGGCUUGCAUAUUCCCAUGGUGCUUUCUCUAGUUAUGAACCAGAGCUGUUUCCCGGACUAAUCUACCGUAUGAAGCAACCGAAGAUAGUCUUACUUAUUUUCGUCUCUGGAAAAAUUGUUCUAACAGGAGCCAAGGUGAGAGAUGAGACUUAUGCAGCCUUUGAGAACAUAUAUCCCGUGCUUACUGAGUUCAGGAAAAAUCAACAAUGGUAUGGACAUGAAUUUAUUUAUUGUUCAUAUUGUUAUAAUUUCAAUGAAUUGCCGCUAGUAUUGUGUAUACGACUCUUCUGA